AAUACCAAAACACAACGUGAGUGAUUUUUCAUUUGCGAAUUGUUGGACAAACCGAGUAGAGAGAACAAUGAAAAGGCGCCAACCGUCGCUUACAGAUUUUUUCCACAAGAAAAACAAAGUUCCAGAAUCGAACCCACAUGCACAACUGGCAAUUGAUCAAGAUCAAUAUCCAGAACUUGAAGAUGAACAAGAUGAACAUGAGACUGGACGAGACAAUGCUGAGCGGGAUAAUGCUGAACCAGAUGGAGUUCAACUUCAUACAAUUUGUGAUCCUGAAGAGACUCAAGAGAGAUCCACCCCUGAAACUAGCCAAGCAAGCUCCUGUGAUCUCGAUCAAGAAUUGGACAAACCAUCACAACCGAAGCUCCAGAAAUUUCCAAUAAAUACAAACUUUUCAAGCAAAAAAACGAGAUCUUUCAACGCAAACUGGUACAACCGCUUCGACUGGCUAGAGUAUAAUGUUCAAAGCGAUGCAGCAUUUUGCUUUGCUUGUAAAAACUUCUGCUCAAGAAAUUCCGCAGACACCACAUUUACCGUAACUGGCUUUAGAAAGUGGACUAAUGCGCUAGAUAAAAACAAAGGUUUUACGAAACACCAGAAAUCAGAAGUUCACAAAAAUUGCUACGAGAAAUGGAAAGCAAAGGCCCGAAUAUCAGACGGAAUAGAUACAAGUAUACUUGAGAAACUGGUUCCCGAUCAAGCGAAAACAACUCAAAAUAACAGAGAUUACUUUAAACUUCUGUUCCAGUACGUAAUUUGGUUUGCAACGAACGAAAUAGCAUUCCGGGGCCACGACGAGGCAGCUGAUUCGAAAAACCCAGGCAACUGGACAACGUUUAUCAAGAUGCAAUUACAGACCAACAAGGAGUUUCGAAGUCUCCACCAAGCGAUAACAGAAAAAAGGCUUCUUGUUGACUACACCAGUAAAACGUCUCUUAAUGAAAUGCUGUCUGUACUCGCGGUUCAGAUACGGAAAGAGAUAUGCCAUCAGAUCGAAACUGCCGGGUGCUUCAGUGCGCUAAUCGACGAAAGCAAAGACAAAGGCAAGAGGGAAGAGCUUGCUUUCUCUGUUCGUUACUACACCAACAAGGUACAAGAGAGAUUUCUAUCCAUGACUGCACUCACCAAAUUUGAUGCAGAAGCUAUCUCAGCAGUUACGAAAGACCUGAUCUCUGACGUACAGCAGAAAUCCAACGGAUCGCCUAUUAUCAGCCUCGGCGCAGAUGGCGCUAGCGUGAUGUCUGGCUGGUUAGCAGGAGUCGCAGAACUGCUUCGAUCAAGGUAUUUUGAAUGGCUAGUUUACAUCCAUUGUACUGCCCAUCGUUUGAAUUUGGUUGUAGGAGACAUGCUAAAUGCAUCUUUGUCGUCAAUGGAUGUUAUGACCACAAUAAAAUCCUGCCAUACACUGCUUAAUAAACCGAAGAUCAGACAAAAGUACGAAUCACUCCACAGAGAAAUGUAUCCUGGCAAACAAGUUAAACAUAUUGUGCAGCAAAUCGAUGUUCGUUGGGGAUGCAAAUACGAAGCCGUUAAUGUUAUAUCUGAAAGAUUUGAUGUUGUCCUCACGACUCUGAUAGAUGUGGCAAACAACCCCGGUGGAAGUGAUGAAGAUGAUGAGUAUCAGUAUACGAAGUCACAGGCAGAAACAGCAGCUGGACUGUACCACAAACUGAUGUCAGGAAAGUUCAUCGUGGGUCUGACAACACUUCAUAAGUAUCUCGGCAAGCUAUACUUCCUUAAUAAAGAACUUCAGACCGAAAAAAUUGAUUGGACGGACGUUCAAUACGAGCUGACCCGAACUCGGGACUUAAUUAACAACAUUAAAGAUGAGGACAUAUUCAUUGCGUCGAAAGAAAUUUCAAGAAAGACUGGAAACCCCUUAGCUCUCUGCGACACAAUGCCUAUCCACAACUUAGAGCUACAACAGUUAUGACUCCCGACGAUC